AUGAGCAGGGUUCCAACUGAUUCCCAGGGCCUCCUUACAAUCAUGGCAACGGCCACCGGUGCCCCAUCCUCUAGCUCCAAAGAUACCCCGCCCACUGUACUCCCUUACACCGCCAGAGCGGCGCGAUACCGUCGUCGAAACGCAUCGUCGUUUACCAAUAUUAAAAGAGAGAACCACCACGAGCUCCCUCAGACGCACACCCUGAACAACGUCAUCCAAACGACCCUAGUUCCAAGCACUAGAUCUUUGUCGAACAUAGUUCAAACACCUCAAACUUUGAGUCAUGGCUUGUCACCCGCGUCCCAAGCAGCUACAGCUCCCGUGCUCUCACCAAGAGGUCCGCUAGUAGCUCGCAGUUUCCCCAUUUACGGCUAUAUAGUUUUACCUUUUGUGCCUGUCAUCAUCAUCGUUGGAAUUAUUGGGUGGUUCGUAUAUAAGAAGAAGUUAAACAAAUAG